CCGCUGUCCCUGAUUUCUCCUUUGUCUCUACCCCUGCUGUGGGGCCACACACUUUGUCCCUCUGGGGUGAGUGUGCCCUGGCCUUCUGUCCAGCCUGGGCAGCUCCAUCUUCUCUCAGACUCCUAGUAGACCCUGAGGGGGUGGGGCUCUCUGUCCUUAGGACUUUCAGUGUGAGCCCCCAUCGGUGGGUGCUCACUCCGUCUGUUAAGGGCCAGUGACAUUUAGCCAUUUAAUAUCCAGGUGAACAUUUUUCCCAGCACCUCAGGGCGUAUUCUCUCACCCCAGCCUUGGUCUCGGGGGAGAAGAGGCUCAGCUUAGCUCACCUGCUACCUUCCUUGGUGUUCCACCAAGUUUGUAUCCAAAGGCAGCAUGGCUGCCGGAUGAGCCUUCGUGGCAGCUGCCACUGAGCCGGGGUCCCAAAGUCACUCCCUGCACCUCCGGGCACUGACAUUGCUGGCUUGAGUUGCCAGAUUGCCAGAGCACCCUGGGAUCUUUGGAGUGUACGAGAUCAGAGGCUCCCACCACCAAGGAUGGCCUCCAGGGGAGAGGGCCUAAUGGCAAGCAAAGGUGGCACCAGAGUGGCCAGGGCUGACUCAGGAGCCCCCUCCUCAACUUGAGGCCGGCUGACCUGAGUCAGUCAGAGAAUAUCCCUGCACCCUCCACAGUGUCGCCAGGACAUCCCCCACUUGUCACUCAUUUUCCCUUUUCGGAUUAACCUGAUUUAUUUCACUACUUUGCUUACCAGUUUGCCAGGAAAGAAGGAAGGAAACAUUUAUUAAGCACUUACUGUGAUCCAGGCACUGUGCUAAGAGAUUGCAAAUAUCCCAUUUUAACCCCCUGGAAGGCAGGUGCCAUUAUUAUCACCUUUUACAGAUGGGGAAACUGAGGCAGGCAGCGCAGGGUUGUCUAACUGGUAAGUGUGUGAGGCGGGUUUUGAACUUGGGCCUUGCUCGCUCCAGGCCCAGCAUUCUGUGCACAGUGGUGCCCACAGCAGCCUUGGCAGUUGUUGACUGGCCCUGCCUUGAGCCCCUCUCUUGGCCUCUUUUACUUCAGCCAUCCCUCCGAAGAGCAGGCAGGAGACUGUGUCUUUGGAGAUCGUCCUCCUUGGCUGCCUCAGUUUCUCCCAGAUUUCUGCUCCCCAUAUUCAAUUGCUGCCCUUCUUUACAGUCCAGAUACCUGCAAAGCUCCUUCCCCGUCACCUUCUCCUCAGUUAGCUCAAGUCUUCCUGCCCUUCCCCCCACCCCGGAAGCCAGAAGCAGACCCUCAGUCAGUCGGCAUUGCUAAGUACCUACUGUGCGCCAGGCACUGUGCUAUAGGGCUACAAGGAGUCAAAACCAGCUUCCGUGCCCUCCAGGCGCAGAGGACAGUGUGCAGAUGACCAGAUUCAAAGAAAUCUGCUGAGUCUGGGAGAGGUGAUCUCAGAGGGGCUGCUGUGCAGAGGCCAAGGGAGGCCCCAGAACCCAGAGGAGGCAGUAGGUCUGGGCCUGCCAGUGCCAGUGUGUGGAGGGUAGCGAAGUCUAGGCUGACUGGAGAGGUAGGAAGGACUCUAAGUACCAAGUGGACAGCUUAGCUUUGGUCCUCUGGGCAAUAGGGAGCCACUGGCGGUUACUGACCACAGGGCUGUGGGUCAGACCACAGUGUGGGGCACUCCCUGGCUAUGUGACCCUGCGCAAGGCCCUUCCCCUCUGCUUGCCUUGGUGUCCUAAGCUGUAAAAUGGGGAUAAGAACAGCCCCUCCCUCCAGCCUCCCACUUAGGGCCUGAAAAAUGCAAAAGGUGAACAGAAUUGGCUUCCAUUGCUUAGAUUGUGAAAAUCCUAUUUUCAGAUGAGAUAUUUAUGCUGAAGCCCAUUUGUCCCUUUUUCCCCUUUCUAUUCGGGGCACGUUACUUGUUCUGCACAAGCAAUUUUACUCGAUCCCUUUGGAGUGAAAAUGCAACAUUCGAUGCCUGCCUCCUAGAGUGACAAACUAAGGAAGGUGCUAGAAACAGGAGCUGGUGCUCUUUUGUCAUUAUGUGGCAGGAUUCAGAAUCCAGGACAGCCUGUGCAUACAGCAGGAGCCCACUAAACGCUUCAGCCAAGGGGUCCGUGACCUUCCAGGACGUGGCCGUGGACUUGACCUGGGAGGAGUGGGGGCAGCUGGGCCCCGCCCAGAAGGAGCUGUACCGGGAGGUGAUGCUGGAGAACUACGGGAACCUGGUGUGCCUGGGGCUUGCCGUUUCCAGUCCAGACGUUGUCUGCCAGCUGGAGAGAGGGGAAGGACCUUGGAUGCCCGAAGGAGACGUCCCAGGGAGCAGCCGGGCAGGUUGGGAAACUACACACCAAAACAAGGAGCCGUUGUCAAAGCUGGGCCUUGCUAUUAAAGCAUCAUUCCAGGAAGGACUGGCAGGACAUGAUUCCUGUGUCUCCAGGAUGGGAGAAGCAUGGAAACUUGAUACCAUUUUAGAGAAACAGCAGGACAGUGAGGAGAAGGGUCUCCAUAAAUGGGACAUACUUAAAAAGGGCAAGUAUAAUGAACGUUGGAAACCCUCUGGUGAUAAAUUUGGCUUUACUGAGUAUCAUACAUUUCAUACUACAAAGAAACCAUAUGAACGUCAUGAAUGCAGGAAGGCCUUCCGAUGGUGUUCACAGCUUGCCGAACAUCAGCUAAUUCACACGGGGGAGAAACCUUAUGAAUGUAACGUAUGUGCGAAGGCCUUUUGCCGAAAUUCACAGCUUACUGAACAUCAGACAGUUCAUACUGGAGAGAAACCUUAUGAAUGCAAUGAAUGUGGGAAGUUGUUCCGCCUUAGCACACAGCUUAUUCAACAUCAGAGAAUUCAUACUGGAGAGAAACCUUAUGAGUGUAAUGAAUGUGACAAGGCCUUCCGUCAGAGCAUACAACUUACUCGACAUAAGAGAAUUCAUACUGGAGAGAGAGCUUAUGAAUGUAAUGACUGUGGGAAGGCCUUUUGCCAAAAAACCGGACUUACUCAGCAUCAGCGAAUUCAUAGUGGAGAAAAACCUUACGAAUGUAAUCAAUGUGGGAAGACCUUUUGCCAAAGUUCUCAGCUUACUCGACAUCAGAGAAUUCAUACCGGAGAAAGAGCUUAUGAAUGUACUGACUGUGGGAAGGCUUUUUGCCAAAAAACAGGACUUACGCAGCAUCAGAGAAUUCAUAGUGGAGAAAAACCUUAUGAAUGUAAUCAAUGUGGGAAAACUUUCUGCCAGAGCUCACAACUUACUCGACAUGAGAAAAUUCAUACUGGAGAGAAACCUUAUGAAUGUAAUGAAUGUAGAAAGGCCUUCACUCGAAGGGCAGAUCUAAAACAACAUAACAGAAUUCAUACUGGAGAGAAACCUUUUCAAUGUAAUGAAUGUGGGAAGUCCUUCCAUCAGAGAACAGGACUUACUGAACAUCAGAGAAUUCAUACAGGAGAGAAAACUUAUGAAUGCAAUGAAUGUAGGAAAGCCUUCGGUCGUAGGGCAGAUCUUAAACAGCAUAAUAGAAUUCAUACUGGAGAGAAACCUUUUGGUUGUAAUGAAUGUGGAAAGGCAUUCCGUCUGAUCACAGGACUUGCUGAACAUCAGAGAAUUCAUACUGGUGAAAAACCUUUUGAAUGUAAUGAAUGUGGGAAGGCCUUCCGCCUAAUCACUGGUCUUGCAGAACAUCAGCGAAUUCAUACUGGAGAGAAACCAUAUGAAUGUAAAGAAUGUGGGAAAGCUUUCAGCCAGAGCACACAACUUAAUAGACAUCAGAGAAUUCAUACAGAAGAAAAACCAUAUGAAUGCAAUGAAUGUGGAAAGACGUUUCGUCAGAGAGCUCACCUUACACAACAUCAGACAGUUCAUACUGGAGAGAAGCCUUAUGAAUGUAAUGAAUGUGGGAAGGCUUUUAGGCAAAGCAUAGGACUUAUUGGACAUCUGAGAAUUCAUACAGGAGAGAAACCUUAUGAAUGCAAUGAAUGUGGGAAGGCCUUCCGCCUGAUCACAGGACUUACUGAACACCAGAGAAUUCACACUGGAGAGAAACCAUAUGAAUGUAACGAAUGUGGGAAGGCCUUCACCAAGCGCACACAGCUGAACAGACAUCAUAAAAUUCACAGUGGAGAAAAACCUUAUAAAUGCAACAAAUGUGGGAAGGCCUUUGGCCAGAAAGCACACCUUACUCAACACCAGACCGUUCAUACUGGUGAGAAGCCUUAUGAAUGUAAUGAAUGUGGAAAAGCCUUCUGCCAGAAACCAGGACUUAUUCAGCAUCAGAGAAUUCAUACUGGAGAAAAGCCUUAUGAGUGUAAGGAAUGUGGAAAGGCCUUCUGUAGGAAUUCACAGCUUACUGAACAUAAGAGAAUCCAUACUGGAGAGAAACCUUAUGAAUGCAGUAAAUGUGGAAAGGUCUUCCGACAGCGCUCAAAGCUUACUAGACAUCAGAUAAUUCAUACCAGAGAGAAAAUUUACAUAUGUAGUGACUGUGGGAAAGCCUUCCACCAAAGCUCAGCCCUUAUUCAACAUCAGACAAUUCAUACUGGAGAAAAACCUUAUGAAUGUAAUGAAUGUGGGAAGGCCUUUAGCCUGAGCACACGAUUAUUCAUACAUCAGCGAAUUCAUACUGGAGAGAAACCUUAUGAAUGUAUGAACUGUGGGAAGGCCUUCCAUCAUAGAACAGGACUUACUGAACAUCAGAGAAUUCAUACUGGAGAGAGAGCUUAUGAAUGUUAUGAAUGUGGGAAAGCCUUCUGUCAGAGAGCAGGACUUACUCAGCAUCAGAGAAUUCAUACCAGAGAGAAACCUUAUGAAUGUAAGGAAUGUGGGAAGACUUUUUGCCAGAGAAUAGGACUUACUCAACAUGAGAGAAUUCAUACUGGAGAAAAACCUUAUGAAUGUAAUGAAUGUGGGAAGGCCUUCCGAGUGAGAACACAGCUUACUCAACAUCAGAUUAUUCAUACUGGAGAGAAACCUUAUGAAUGUAAUGAAUGUGGGAAGACUUUCUGUCAGAGCUCACAGCUUACAAGACAUCAGAUAAUUCAUACUGGAGAGAAACCAUAUGAAUGCAAUGAAUGUGGGAAGGCCUUUCGCCGAAGUGCUGGGCUUAGUCGACAUCAGACAAUUCAUACUGGAGAAAAGCCUUUUGAAUGUAAAGAAUGUGGGAAGGCCUUUAGGCUUAGCACAGCACUUACAGAACAUCAGAGAAUUCAUACUGGAGAGAAACCUUUUGAAUGUAACGAAUGUGGAAAAGCCUUCCGCUUGAGCAUAGGACUUACUGAGCAUCAGAGAAAUCAUACAGGAGAGAAACCAUAUGAAUGCAUUGAAUGUGGGAAGGCCUUUAGCCAGAGUACACAGCUUAAUCGACAUCAGAGAAUUCAUACUGGAGAGAAACCAUAUGAAUGUGCUGAAUGUGGGAAGGCCUUUGGUCAAAGGUCGCAUCUUACUCAACAUCAGACAGUUCAUACUGGAGAGAAGCCUUAUGAAUGUAAUGAAUGUGGAAAAGCCUUUAGCCGAAGUACAGGUCUUACUGGACACCUGAGAAUUCAUACUGGAGAGAAACCUUAUGAAUGCAAUGAAUGUGGGAAGACCUUCCGCCUAAAGACAGGACUUGCUGAACACCAGAGAAUUCACACUGGAGAGAAACCUUAUCAGUGUAAUGAAUGUGGAAAUAACUUUCGCCUGAGCAAACAGCUUACUCAGCAUUACAGAAUUCAUACUGGAGAGAUACCUUAUGAAGGUUGGGAGACAAGGCCUAAAAGCAGAAAGCCAGGUUUCCAUGGAAACCUUUUCCCAGGACAGACUCCUAAGGGACGGCCCCUGUGUCUCUACGUUGGGAGAAGAUUGGAAGAAGCGGAGCGAAGAGGAGAAACACUCCAAGAAACUUGUCAGGUCUCAGACCUCAUUCAACACCUGAAAAUGCAUGCCAAGGAGGAAAAUUUUGAAUGUGAUUAAUGUGAGAAGGCUCGAUUCUUUCACCUGGAAGAGGAAAGACUGAAGGCAGGCGUCAGGACCCGAGGCCACUGCCUUUUCCAUGUUGUCUCUCCCCAGGCACCUCCAGCAAAGCACCCAAACAGCCAUCAAGAUGCAGGCCCUCAGUGGUGGUGGGAGGGAGGCUUUGGGAAGCCUCGCCCACUGUCCCCACGGCUGGCCAGUCACAGCUGGGUGUGGAAUGUGGGUGCAUUCUCCAUAGUCUCUGCAAAGCGCUACCUUACACACAUGACGGGGCGAUGUGCAUGGGUGCUUUGGUUGCUCAUGUAGGUUGUGUGUCCACAGGAGGCUGUUUGGACAGGACGCUCAGAGAGACCUGAGCAGCCCUUUGACUGAAUCCAGUUGGAGGAGUCAAUGACUCAACAGGCCCCUUGAAUAUUGUUAGCCUAGGUCAAAGCCAAAUUCCAUAUUCCUGUUUCUUAACAGGAAAAGGGUACCCCAAGCUACAUAU